AUGCCCUUCUUGAAGUCACUUUUCCCGUCGUUGGCCCUCUUGGCCCUAGCGCAAGCCCGAUCCGUCAGACCGCGACAGUUGGCCAUCACGAGCAACUCCUCAGACUUCAUAUCAAGCACGACCGAGAUUACCACCAUAAAUGCCACAGAUGGUUCACCGGCAGUGGUGAUUCUAGACUAUGGAUGGAGCGUAGAAGGUAUUCCAUCCUUCGAAGUCAUCAGCAAGGAGGGCGAUACAUCGACUUUUGAAAUCACGUAUGGCGAAACCAGCGCCGCCCUCAAUUCAUACAUGAGCGAUGGCCCGCUCCCACUUGCUGCGACCAUGGACACUUACCGGGUCAAUCGAUACAAUGUCAGCCAAGUUGGGCAAGUAUCGAAUCUUCUUAUCCAAGGCGCCUUCAGAUACCAGAAACUGAACCUCAGCUCGCCUGGAGCUCUCUCACUAAAGAACAUAGGAGUCUGGCCUACUAUUGAUACAACUCCUCUGACCAAUGUACCUGGAUCAUUCGAAAGCUCCGACGAGACAAUCAAUGACAUUUGGACUGCUGGCGCGCGCACUAUUCAGAUGACUGAAAUCCCAGCAAAUUCAGUUCCAGAGUUCUGGACAGUGACUUCAGAAGGCGCUCUUGUUGACAGCCUUGCCCCUCAGGUUCUCGGAUCCGCUACAGCCGCUCAGCUUACAAUUUAUAAUCUCCAGUUCAGUGUCAAGCCUUUGGUAGGCGGGUUCGGGUUUCUCGUGCUUGCCGAUACGUUGAAUUCUGGUAUCUACUUUUCGUGUGACGUUUCUCGCCGCGAAAUCACGGUCCAUGCGGGAACAACAAGCGAAGAUACUCUUCUCCAAGCCAUCGAUCUUCCCAAAAACACGACCAUUGCCCUCGGCUCCUGGAGCACUGUUGCCGUCACCGUCGCAAUGACCGAAAUUGCUGUCGCCAUCAAUGGUGUCCGGGUUGUACAGAUAUCGCAGACUACUAGUUUCUAUGGUUCUUUCGGACUCGGAGCAUCAUUCGGUCAUCAAGCACUAUUCAAGGACCUGUCCGCGGAUACGACAGAUGGGCAGGAAAUCUAUUCUCACUCUUUGACCGACACGUCGUUCCUGGCAGACUUCUUCAUGGGCACUAACCCAGCAAGCACCAUAGUUGAUGGCUCGCGUCGUGACCGCAUCGCCUAUUCUGGAGAUCUCGAUAUUGCUGGCGGCUCGGCCCUGGUAAGCACUCACGGCCUCGACUUUAUUCUCGGAUCGCUCGAUCUGCUUGGGUCGUACCAAGCCUCUCCUGGCUUCUUUAUACCCACCGCCAAGAUCCAACAAGAGCCUCUUGACCAGCAGCUCAACGUCAGUGUAACUGGGCUCAUCGGAUACUCGUUCAACUUUGUCACUGCCGUCGCUGCGACCUACAUGCACACUGGCGACGUCGAGUUUGCAGAGAAGUGGGCCACCAAGGUGCAACAGAUGCUGGAUUGGGCCGACUCCCAGGUACUCGAGAAUGGGCUGUUCAAUGUGUCCGAGUCUUCCUUUGCCGGCGACUGGAACUAUUACGAUCCAUCCCAAGCCGGCGUGUCGGCCAAGUUCAAUGUCUUGUAUGCCUAUGCCUUGCAAGAGUCAUUGACACUCAUCGCAGAUGGUGGUAUAGACGCCAGCGUAUAUGAGAAGCGACUUGAUGCGCUGCGCGAUGCCAUUGACAGUCAACUCUGGAGCGAUCAUCUCCAAGCCUACUACUUUUCCGACGCUUAUACCGACGGUUUCGGCCAGGACUCCAACGCCAUUGCCAUCUUGGCACAGGUGAAUAGGAAUUCCAGCCACUCGUCCGAGACCAUCCUUUCAACCUUGUCCAAAGAUCUCGCGAGACCGGCAGGAUCCAUGGCAUUCUCGAGUGGAAUGAUUGCCUCGGGUUUUCAGCCGUACAUGAGCCCUUAUGCCUCGGCAUACCACCUCCGCGCCGCGCUGGCCUCGAACAAUAGCGACGCUGCACUCGACCUCCUGCAUGGCUUGUGGGCGCCAAUGGCCGACACCACCAAUGCCAACUAUACCGGCACGUUCUGGGAGACGCUGGACGAGGAGGGAAGACCAGGCUUGGGGCUCACUACGAGCUUCUGCCACGGCUGGUCCGCGGGUCCCACGGCCGAGCUGACCAAGUACGUGCUCGGUGCCAUGCCAACGCGUCCGGGCUGGUCCGAGUUCAGCAUUGCUCCCGUGACGCUGGGACUCAAGUCGGCGAGGGGCCGUGUGCCGCUGGUGGGGGGACGACAGGUCCAUGUGGAGUGGAAGUUUAGCUGUGAUGGUCUCUUGACGAUGGAGGUCGAAGCCCCGGCGGGCACCAUGGGCACAGUCACGCUUCCGAUGCCGCUGCUUACAUCUACUGAUACCUCCGUGUUUACGCUCAACGGCCAGGUCAUGAAUGCGACGAGUUUCGAGGUUGUUGGGGGUGCAUCAUUUAAGCUGCAACAGCACCAUGAAGUUUAA